CUCGCUGCUGGAAAGGAAGCUUCCUGAUCACUCCGAGCUUGUCUCUUCUCACUAUCCACCACCACGUCUCUCUUCCUUGCUUCAUCCAUCUCGUUUCAACUUGUACAUUGCGUCUUUUGAUUUUCAGUAAUCCCGUAACCCGCAGACUGGGUUCGAUCGACUCAACAACCUCACGGCUCAUUCGAAGCUGUCGCCUCAUCCUCUAGCGACGGCGCUGCCCUCUUUCAUCAAUCCAGACCCUCCCUUCAGACAUGGUUGGACUUGCUUCCGCCGCCGGCCUCGUCGGCUUUCUCUCUGAGUCGGACCCCGAGUUGAGAGUCUUUGCCUUGAAGACCCUUGACUCCCAGAUCGACCUCCUUUGGACAGAAGUCGUGGACGCCGUACCUCAAAUAGAGGCGCUCUAUGAAGAUGAGUCCUUUCCGGAACGCGAGCUUGCCGCCCUAGUCGCCGCCAAGGUUUAUUAUCACCUUCAGGAAUACAACGAAAGCAUGGUGUUUGCACUUGGGGCCGGAAAGCUCUUCAAGUUGGACAGCGGUGGCGAAUUCGAGGAAACAAUCAUUGCUAAAUGUGUUGACACCUUCGUCUCACUUUCCGCCGCCCAGCGGCCUGCGGCUGGUGAUCAACCCGCGAACCUGAACACCUCAUUCCCGACAUCCGGUGAAGGCGCCACAAGCACCUCCGCCAGCCUGACAUCCCCGAUCACACCUUUCUCACAAUCGGCUUUGCCAUCCAAGUCCCUCUUAUCCAGACAAGAAGUGCCCGGAGUGGAUGCGGCCUAUCCCGGUGGCGAUGACGCGAGCGUCAAGCAGGUCGAGACACCCCUGGUUCUGAAGCGGGGAGUUCAAGGUCAAUUGCAAUCAGUCAUCGAUCGCUUGUUCGAACAAUGCUUCACCCAAAAACGGUACCGUCAAGUUAUUGGAAUCGCCAUCGAAGCCAAGAACCUCGAUGUCCUCCGGAAAACCAUCAUCAGGGCUAGUGAGGAUGAGAAGAAGCAGAACGGCGAAUCGCGACGGAGUGAAGAGCUAAUGGAGUACGUUCUGGAUAUCUGUAUGGGAAUUGUGCAGGAGCGUGGCUUCCGCAAUGACAUUCUCAAACUUAUCCUCGAACUCCUCAACGAAAUCCCCGCACCCGACUAUUUCUCGAUCGCCAAGUGUGUAGUGUAUCUCAAUGAACACUCAAUGGCGUCGGCCAUUCUUCGCCAACUGGUUGACAAGGGUGACGCACGAUCGCUCGCCGUUGCCUACCAGAUUUCCUUUGAUCUUUACGACAAUGGUACACAGGAAUUCCUCCAGAGAGUUCGCAGCGAAAUUGCCGAACCCCUCCAGGUCAAUGAGGAGUCCGAGUCGAAGGCGGAAGAGGAACCCAAGGAAUCGGAUCCUUUGUUGGACAACCAAUCCAGGUCGAUCGGAGACAAUAACGGGCAGACUAAGAUGACUUCCGAGGCGCGGUCGGCUUACAAGAAUGUUCUUGCCAUUAUCGACGGCAGAAAGUCCAUUCAGUUGAAUCUGGAGUUCCUAUAUCGCAACAACAAGGCCGAUAUCGCAAUCUUGAACAAGGUUCGGGACAGCCUGGAGGCUCGGAACUCUAUUUUCCACACUGCUGUCACCCUUUCGAACGCUUUUAUGCACGCCGGUACCACGCACGACAAGUUCUUCCGAGACAACUUGGAAUGGUUGGGCAAAGCUGUUAACUGGUCUAAGUUCACCGCUACCGCGGCACUUGGUGUUAUCCACCGUGGUAAUUUGACCCAGGGUGAGAAGCUUCUGCAGCCAUAUCUGCCUCGAGAGCAUAUCGCUGGUGUGGGAGGCUCUGGGUCUGUCUACAGCCAAGGAGGUUCCUUGUAUGCCCUGGGAUUGAUCUAUGCCAACCAUGGUGGCAUGGCUGUGGACCUUAUUCGUGACCACUUCAAGAAAGCUACCGAGGAGGUUGUUCAACACGGUGGUGCCUUGGGUCUCGGUGUUGCGGGCAUGGCGUCUGGCAAUGAGUCUAUUUACGAGGAUUUGCGGAAUGUACUCUACACCGACUCUGCGCUCAAUGGUGAGGCCGUCGGCCUUGCCAUGGGCCUGGUUAUGCUGGGCACUGGUAACAUGAGAGUCCUCGAGGACAUGAUUCAAUACGCCCACGACACACAACACGAAAAGAUUGUUCGUGGUUUGGCCAUCGGUAUGGCUUUAAUCAUGUACGGACGUCAAGAGGCCGCGGACGAGUUGAUCAAUGGUCUCUUGGGUGAUCCCGAUCCUACCCUCCGUUAUGGUGGUAUUAUGACGAUUGCUCUUGCGUACUGUGGUAGCAGCAGCAACAAGGCCGUCCGAAAGCUUCUUCACGUUGCUGUCAGCGAUGUUAACGACGAUGUUCGCCGCAUCGCUGUUCUGAGCUUGGGCUUCAUCCUGUUCCGCAAGCACCAGAGUGUGCCUCGUAUGGUGGAAUUGCUGUCUGAGUCCUAUAACCCUCACGUUCGUUACGGAGCUGCAAUGGCACUGGGUAUCUCUUGUGCUGGUACCGGCUUGGACGAAGCUAUCGACUUGCUCGAACCUAUGCUUAAGGACUCAACCGAUUUUGUCAGGCAGGGUGCUUUGAUUGCUCUGGCCAUGGUCUUGGUGCAACAGAACGAAGCCAUGAACCCCCGCGUCAGUACGCUCCGCAAGACCAUGAUGAAGAUGAUUGGAGACCGUCACGAAGAUGCCAUGGCCAAGUUUGGGUGCGCCGUUGCUCUGGGUAUUAUCGAUGCCGGUGGGCGCAACUGCACUAUUAGCCUCCAAACUCAGACGGGCAACCUCAACAUGCCCGGAAUUGUUGGUGCUGCUGUGUUUACUCAGUACUGGUACUGGUUCCCCCUCACUCACUUCCUGUCGCUCAGCUUCACUCCGACCGCAGUGAUUGGCGUGGAUGAUGAGUUGGAAGUUCCAUUGUUCAAGUUCCACAGCAACACGAGGCCCAGCCUCUUCGAUUACCCUCCUGAGCAACAGGUCAAGACGGAGGAGGCGCCCGAGAAGAUUAAGACUGCCGUCCUCUCGACCACUGCACAGGCCAAGCGCCGUGCUCAGCGCCGGGAGAAGCAGCAACGCCGGGAGAGUAUGGACAUUGAUCAGACCCCUACCACACCUAAGGUCUCUGAACCUCUGGCAGACAGGAUGGAAAUGGAUGAGAGCACCGCCAAGGGUGAAGACGAGGCCAAGGAUGGAGAGAAGGACGGCGGUGAAGGUCAGAAGAAGAAGGUCGAGCGAGAGAAGGUUGGCUACGAGUUGGACAACAUGUCCCGUGUCCUCCCAGCUCAGCUGAAAUAUCUUACCUUCCCCGACCCGCGCUAUGAGCCCGUCAAACGGCCUACCGGUGGUGUAGUUGUUGUGUUGGACAAGACCCCCGAAGAGCCUCGCGAGACGAUUGAGAUGAAAGCUAGCAAGGAGGUUAAACAGGCAGCAGCAGCAGAGACGCUGCAAGACCGGUUACAGGCAGCGAUGGGUGCGGCAGGUCUCCAGACUCCCCAACGUGGUGGCCGGGGGCUGGGUGCUGAGACUGGCGCCUUAGCCGCCGCCGGCGUAUUGACUGCGGUGGAUGAAGAUGAAGAGGAUGGCGAAGAAGCACCGGUUCCGAACGAGUUCGAAUACGAGAGCGACGAAGCGGAAGAGUAAAGCUUUCGGCCGCAUUGAUAGAUCUCUUUGGCUGGCUGUAUUUCUAGGUUAAUUAUGGAAUUUAUGCCCUAUGUGAAUUUAUU